AUACGGUAUAUGAUAAUGAUACUAAUUAUAUUAGAUCUUAUUAAUCAUUGUUAUAUUUGCUACUGUGUCUGUAAAAUCUCCUACAGUCCUAGGAUGAAUGUUGAUCAUGAGGUGCAACUUCUUGUGGAAGAAAUGAAUCGACUGGGCAAACAAAAUGCAGAUGGAAAAAUAUCAGUUACCUUUGGAACCCUGUUUGCAGAUGACCGAUGUGCAAAUAUAUUUGAAGCAUUAGUUGGAACAUUAAGGGCAGCAAAAAAAAAGAAAAUUGUUGAUUACCAGGGUGAACUUCUUCUUCAAGGAGUUCAUGACAAUGUUCCCAUUACUUUAUUAAAGGAACAAUUAUGAAAUCAGAUUCUAAAUAAAUUGUAACCCGGUAUUCUGCAAAGUCAUAUGCCUUAAAUAUUUUUAACAUGAUAUCAAACUCUAAAUGUUGAUAGGGCUUUAUAAGGUUCCACAAUGUUUUAAGGUUUGUAAAAUUCAAUCAUGUCCUAACAAAUAUGCAUCAUAUGCAACUGCACUUACCAAUCGAAAUUGCAGCAAUCUUGUAACUUUUGAUUAUCUUCUUAUAAUAUUCAAUGACAUAAUUGUUAAAGGUUUAUGUAUCUACUGUUCAAUAAAUAUGUGACCAAUUGCA